CACACCGGAAGCAUAAAAUCAAAACAAGAAGGUCGAAGAGGAGUUGCUGACGCCACUGCUUUCCCAUCUGCAGCGGUUUCUCAGAAAGUCUGAGUGACAAGUCCGGUGACAGGCAGCGUCGUGUCCGUGCUCUCAUGUAUAAGACAAUGAACCUCCAUUCAUGGGAAUGAUCAGCAAUCUGGCUGCUUAUCUGACUUUAAUUCGUCCUAGUUUAGCCAGGAGCCAUCAUAAGUUAAUCAUGGCCAGACGGCUUCAUGCGAGCAGAACAAUCGGCGUGGAUAAAAAUGUUUGGGUGGAAUUCACGCAGCUAGCUGCAGACUACCAGGCCGUGAACCUCGGACAGGGGUUUCCUGACUUCUCCCCUCCGCAGUUUGUUCAGGAUGCUUUCUGUAAAGCUGUGAGCGGAGGACCCCAGAUGCACCAGUAUACCAGAGCCUUUGGCCAUCCUCGUCUGGUGAAGAGUCUCGCUAAAUUCUUCAGUAGGAUUGUGGGGCGCGAGAUCGAUCCCCUCGAAGACAUCUUGGUCACGGUUGGAGCUUAUCAGGCUCUUUUCUGCGCAUUUCAGGCUCUGAUUGAUGAUGGUGAUGAAGUGAUAAUUGUGGAGCCGUUCUUCGACUGCUACCAGCCGAUGGUUCUGAUGGCAGGAGGAACCGCAGUCUAUGUGCCCCUGAGACCGAAAGAGGGCAGCACCGUCCUGUCAAGUGGAGACUGGGUUCUGUCUGCCGAGGAACUCGCCAGCAAAAUCACCCCUCGCACAAAAGCCAUUGUUAUCAACACUCCCAACAACCCUUUAGGCAAGGUGUACAAGGUCGAGGAACUCCAGAUGAUUGCCGAUCUGUGUAUUAAACAUGAUCUGCUGUGCUUCAGUGACGAGGUCUACGAGUGGCUCACUUAUGAUGGAGCCAAACAUGUAAAGAUAGCCAGCCUUCCUGGGAUGUGGGAACGGACCAUAACAGUGGGCAGUGCUGGGAAAACCUUUAGUGCUACUGGCUGGAAGGUCGGCUGGGCUAUGAGUUCUGGAAACCUCAUCAAACACAUGAAAAUCAUCCACCAGAACUCGGUCUAUCACUGUGCAACUGCGGCUCAGGAAGCCGUAUCCCACGGGUUCGACAGAGAGUACGAGCUGUUCGGGACUCCGGAGAGCUACUUCCAGCAGCUGCCCGCCAUGCUGCAGCAGAAGAGGCAGAAGCUGGCCUCGUGUCUGCAGAGUGUGGGCCUGCAGCCCGUCAUGCCAGAGGGAGGAUACUUCAUGAUCACAGACAUCUCCUCCGUCAAGGUGGAUCUAAACGAUGAGAGCACCAAGGAUGAAAGCUACGAUUUUAGAUUUGUCAAAUGGUUAAUUAAAGAAAAGGGCUUAGCGACAAUCCCAGUCUCUGCUUUCUUCAGUCCAGAGCACAGCAAGGAGUUUGACAAAUACAUCCGCUUCUGUUUCGUUAAGGAAAACUCCACACUGGAAGCAGCAGAAGACAUCUUAAGAAAGUGGAGUCAGAAAGAGUGAAAUUAGCCGUCCAUCAUCCAUAUUUUAUAAAGCAACUUGGUGAGCUACCUCAGGAAAAUUGUUCAGAAGUCUUCUUGGUUUCUUUGGGGUUUUUGUUUGUGUGUCCUCAAACAAUGGUUAGAUUAUCCACUCGUAUGGCCUGAAAAAAAUGCUAAAAAGUUGAAUAAAGCUUUUCGCAAACAGCUUGUAUGUCUUCCCAUGAGCA